AUGCGCUCGAAAAUAUUUGAUGAUGUCGAGCUCGAACGACUACGACGUGAGGCCAUUUCCUCAUCGGAUGAAUUGGCUGUGAUCAGGGAUGCAGCUCCUCAGGCGACAGACCAACAUCCACACGUGGAAGCCGCCAUGGAUCUUCCAGUUGUGGUUGAUUCAGACGAUGAUGAAAUGGUCUCCCACGAACUAGAACAAAUGAGGAGUAUAUUGGAAGAGGCGAUUUUGGAAACGCGCAGCAUGCCUCUCGAAAAUCGACCGUGA